AGAUGACAGAAGUCGGUAGAGAGGAAGGUUGUUUCAUAUGUAAAUGUUCCAUCCUGGGGACGGUGCCCAUAAAGUCAGGCAAAGACAUCCAGGCCAGGAGAGAAUUGGCCAACUAUUUUUUGAGUGCCAAGAGAAAAUAAAUGUGAGGCCUAGCCGCCGUGUUUACAGCGAGGCACACACGGCUCAGGUCGUUCCCGGAGGUCUGAGCCUCGGCGCAGACUGCGUCCGUCGGCUGAGAGCACCCAUGAAACCUGCGGGUAACUAAGGGCGACCGUCCGCUCCCGGAUGUGGCUUCACGCUACCUCCUCCGUCCUUCCGUCUGGGCGGAACUCGGCUCCGGGAUCUGGUGGUUGUGUACGUGGAAGGGCGGCGCAUGCGCGGCAGGGCCCGUCAGCUGUGCGGAAGGCUGAGAGCGCCGCGCGGCCGCGGGAGGCGGUGGGCCGGGGCCGCCGGAGCCGGCCUAAGCCGGCGCUGAGGAGGGGCCAUGAGCUGGUUCAAUGCCUCGCAGUUGUCCAGCUUCGCCAAGCAGGCCCUGUCCCAGGCCCAGAAGUCCAUCGACAGGGUCCUGGACAUCCAGGAGGAGGAGCCGAGCGCCUGGGCCGAGGCCAUCCCGUACGGCGAACCGGGAAUAAGUCCCCCUGUGAGUGGAGGAUGGGAUACUUCAACCUGGGGAUUGAACUCAAGCACUGAGCCUCAGAGCCCACCAACAGCCUCUCAAGCAAUUACAAAGCCAGUUCGAAGGACUGUAGUAGAUGAAUCUGAAAAUUUCUUCAGUGCCUUUCUCUCUCCAUCGGAUGUCCAGACCAUUCAGAAGAGUCCAGUGGUAUCGAAACCUCCAGCUAAAUCACAGCGGCCAGAAGAAGAAGUGAAAAGCAGUUUACAAGAAUCGUCAUCUUCUGGCCAGUCUAGAGCUUCUGAGACAGCUGAGUCUGAAGUGGGAGAUUCUGUGUGUGUUUCAGGAGAGACUCCAGCUGUGGGUACUCCCUCACCUGUACCUGAAGACAAGCAUGAAGAAACUGCCAGUGAAGAGUCUGAGGUGAAGGUGCCCACUGUGGGAUUGAAGGUGUCUGAGAAUGUAGUUAACGUAAACCCAACAAAAGAUGUAUCUACCACAGCCACUCAGUCUCUUACAGCAGAAACUAAGGAUAUGGCUUUGGAACCUAAAGAGCAAAAGCACGAAGACAGACAGAGCAACACACCUUCUCCUCCUGUCAGCUCCUUCUCGUCGGGCACUUCCACCACUAGUGACAUUGAAGUUUUAGAUCACGAAAGUGUGAUAAGUGAGAGCUCAGCUAGUUCAAGGCAAGAGACUUCGGAUGCAAAGUCAAGUCUUCACCUCAUGCAGACAUCCUUUCAGCUUCUCUCUGCAUCUGCUUGUCCUGAGUAUGGCCGCUUAGAUGACUUCCAAAAGCUCAAUGAGAGCUGCUGCUCGUCGGACGCUUUUGAAAGAAUAGACUCGUUUAGUGUGCAGUCUCUGGAUAGCCGGAGUGUAAGUGAAAUCAACUCAGACGACGAACUGCCAGGCAAAGGCUAUGCUUUAGUACCUAUAGUAGUGAGUCCUUCAGCCCCAAAGACUAAAGCAGUAGAAUCUACUGAAGAGAAUGCUGAAGAAGAGGAAGGAAACGAGACAUUAAUUGCACCUUCUGAGGAAGCAGAAUUAGAGGAAAGUGGCCGAAGUGCUACUCCAGUUAACUGUGAACAGCCAGAUACAUUGGCUUCUCCUACACCAGUAAAUGGCGGGGACUCUGCCUCUGGACCAGCUGCUGAGCAGUGUGAAGCUGCUGAAAACCAGCUGAAACCACCACCAGAGAAAGAAGAUAUUUGCAAGACAGUUGAAUUUCUGAAUGAGAAGCUAGAAAAGAGGGAAACUCAGUUAUUGUCCCUUAGUAAAGAAAAGGCACUUCUAGAGGAAGCUUAUGAUAACCUGAAGGAUGAAAUGUUCAGAGUUAAAGAAGAAAGUAGUAGCAUUUCUUCUCUGAAAGAUGAAUUUACCCAGAGAAUUGCAGAAGCAGAAAAGAAAGUUCAACUAGCCUGCAAAGAGAGAGAUGCUGCUAAGAAGGAAAUGAAAACCAUAAAGGAAGAACUUGCCACUAGAUUAAAUAGUAGUCAAACUGCAGACCUUUUGAAGGAAAAAGAUGAACAGAUUCAAGGUUUAAUGGAAGAAGGAGAAAAACUUUCAAAGCAGCAGCUGCAUAAUUCCAACAUCAUUAAGAAAUUAAGAGCUAAAGAUAAAGACAAUGAAAAUGUUAUUGCAAAGCUGAACAGAAAAGCUAAGGAGCUGGAAGAGGAGUUACAGCAUUUAAGACAGGUCCUUGAUGGCAAAGAGGAGGUUGAGAAACAACAUAGAGAAAAUAUUAAAAAACUAAAUUCUGUGGUAGAACGCCAGGAGAAAGAUCUUGGCCGACUUCAAGUAGACAUGGAUGAACUUGAAGAGAAGAGCCGAAGUACUCAGGCGGCCCUAGAUAGUGCAUACAGAGAACUUACCGAUCUUCACAAAGCCAAUGCUGCUAAGGAUAGUGAGGUACAGGAAGCUGCUCUGAGGCGUGAGAUGAAGGCUAAAGAAGAACUUUCUGGGGCACUGGAGAAGGCCCAGGAAGAAGCCCGUCAGCAGCAAGAGGCAUUAGCACUUCAGGUGGGGGACCUGAGGCUAGCGCUGCAACGAGCAGAGCAGGCAGCUGCCAGAAAAGAGGACUACUUACGCCAUGAGAUCAGUGAACUUCAGCAGAGACUCCAAGAAGCAGAGAAUCGAAACCAAGAGCUAAGUCAAAGUGUUUCAUCAACAACAAGACCGUUGCUUCGACAGAUAGAAAAUUUACAAGCAACUCUAGGAUCCCAGACAUCAUCAUGGGAGACGCUAGAGAAGAAUCUUUCUGAUAGGCUUGGUGAAUCACAGACCUUGUUGGCUGCAGCAGUUGAAAGAGAACGUGCAGCUACAGAAGAACUCCUGGCCAACAAAAUCCAGAUGUCUUCAGUGGAGUCACAGAAUGCGCUAUUACGACAGGAAAACAGUAGACUUCAGGCCCAGCUAGAGUCAGAGAAAAAUAAACUGAGAAAACUAGAGGAUGAAAAUAGUCGGUACCAGGUUGAAUUAGAAAACCUAAAAGAUGAAUAUGUAAGAACGCUUGAAGAGACAAGGAAAGAAAAGACACUUUUGAGCAGUCAGUUAGAAAUGGAAAGAAUGAAAGUUGAACAAGAAAGGAAGAAAACCAUUUUCACUCAAGAAGCACUAAAAGAAAAGGACCACAAGCCAUUUUCUGUUUCUAGCACUCCCACCAUGUCACGCUCCAGCUCUAUAAGUGGCGUAGAUGCUGCAGGGCUGCAAGCAUCCUUCCUGUCUCAGGAUGAGUUUCACGAUCAUUCAUUUGGGCCAAUGUCUACAUCAGCCAGUGGAAGCAAUCUUUAUGAAGCUGUAAGGAUGGGAGCCGGAUCAAGCAUUAUUGAAAAUCUGCAGUCUCAGCUAAAGCUGAGGGAGGGAGAAAUUAGUCAUUUACAGCUAGAAAUUAGUAACCUAGAAAAAACUCGAUCCAUAAUGUCUGAAGAGCUAGUUAAAUUAACAAAUCAGAAUGAUGAACUUGAGGAGAAAGUGAAAGAGAUUCCCAAGCUCCGAGUUCAGCUGCGUGAUUUGGAUCAAAGAUACAACACUAUUCUGCAGAUGUAUGGAGAAAAAGCAGAAGAAGCAGAGGAACUUCGCCUAGAUCUUGAAGAUGUAAAAAAUAUGUAUAAAACUCAAAUAGAUGAACUUCUAAGACAAAGGCUCAGUUAACUUGUGAAGUGUGUAUUCCCAUCAAACUAAAUGUAAACACUUAAUAUAUAAAUGCAGACUUCCAAUAAAUUCUUUUACAGAAUUAGAAACUGGGAUUUGCUGUAGAUUGUAAAAAAACUUUUUAAACAAUUCUUUUCUAGUAUGUAGUAAUAUUUGCAGUUAAAUUAUUUUAUGUAAAAUUUGAAUUUUAUUUUUGAAAUUAUUCUUUAUAAUUUUAUUUUUUAAAGCUUUUUUUUUUCCUGGUGCCUUGAACAGCACAGAGAUUUAUUACUUUAUCCACAGGAAAGGAGACUGGUGUUUUCAUAUUAUUGUGGAUAUAUAAUUAAUUGUAUUGUAUCUAAUUUGUAUGUGUUUGUACAUAUUGAGAGAUUUACAGAGUAAUGUUAACAUUGAAAUUUUGAAAUCUUUCACACUGAAAUCUUCAGCAUAUUUCUUAAAAGUGUUUUAAACAUUUGAGUAAAAAGGUUAUUAAGCCUGUGACUACUAAAUUAUAAACUAAAGUUUUCCUUUAAAAGCAGAAGUCACACUGACAUGUCUAGAAUUUAAAGAGUAAUUUAAACUUAAAAAUAUUUCUGUAUUGAAAAUUUAUUUCAUGUAUCUUCCACAAUGAAGUGUGAACAAAUGUGGAUGCUUUUUGUUUCUUAUCCAAAGAAAGCUACAGAUCUUCAAUAUUAACUAGGCAUAAUUGGGCAGUGGGAAAUGCUACGUGUAGUAAAUUGUGAUGGAUAGCACCAGCAACAGGUACUUUUGAAGUAUUUUACUACACUGUUAAAUGAAUCUAGCAUAAUUUAUUUAUUAAGAAUAAAUAAAAAUUUAUUCUUAAAAUUAGUCAAUUUACUCUUUAAAAAUUACUUGUUUAGUUUCAUACAAUUAUAUUUUGGAACAUUAAAAAUGAAUGUUUUAAAGCAAUCUCCAUAGCAAAACAGAAAAGUAAUAGGAGUACAUUUAAAUUGGGGAUUUUAUAAUUUUGUGUAGUUUUAACAGUUUUUCUUUGAACCUUCAACAAACAAAUAGCAAAGAGUAGUGUAGAAUAACUUAGAACGUAGUUUUUCCCUUUUCCAAAUGUUACUUUGUUAAUCAGGUUGUGGUUUAGACUUGUAAAAUAUUUUGAUAGAUUUUAUUACCUAAAAUUAUUUAAUUGCAUUUAUCAUGGUCCCUCUUUAUCUGUUGUUUUGCUUUUUGUUGUUCUAGCUAAGGUAAAAAAAUAAUCCAAAAAUACAUGGAGAUUUCAGAAACAGAGUUAAUAAAUGUUAAAGUGUAUGCUGCUCAGAGUAGCCUGCUGGAAUCCCACUGUUUGACUCCAUUGUCCAGUGUAUUCACACCCCAUUGUCAGUCACUGAACCACCUCAGCUGUUGGGUCUACUGUAAUAGUAUGGACGUGCUUGUGUUCAGGUGAUCCCUUUGUUCUUUAAUGGCCCCAAAGUGAAGAAGCCAAAGAUGAGCCAGAAGUGCUCCAUUAAUGGAAAGAUGAACAUCAACAUUGGCUAUCUUGCUGGAAGUUGGUAGCUUCUACUGUUUCAGGCAUCUACUGAGGGUCUUAAAACUGUCUUCCCCCCAAUGAGAAGGUAGAAUUUCAAGUAAAAAUUUUAUUGUAAAUUUUAUUUACAUUUUAAACUAUACUUGAGAACACAGCUGUGAAUAGCCAUCUUGAAGAACGGAGAAUUUUGAAGGGUAAUUCAAGUGACCUUGUUUUUAUUUCCUGUUCAUGUGUUUCUGCUGUGGGAGCUCAGUUCUUUAGCAUGAAUAAAUGUUCUUUGGGUGAAAGUAACAGUCAUGAAGUUAAGUUUCUGUAUUUUAGUGGUAGAAAGCAGCCUCAUAACUUUUUGCUAGCUUUAAAAUGUUUUAAUAUUCAGGGGCAAAAUGAUAAGUCUGAUGGCAAUAAAUAUAUAGAGUUAGAAGAGACAGGAAACCUGAAUUCAAAUUUCAAAAUUCUUGGCAAGCAUUUGAAACCAGUAGUUUGGGAAAUGUAAAAUACUUUUUGAACUGAUAAUUUGGAAAUGUGGCAGAGAAAAGAAUUUAAAAUUAAAAUUUCCUGUAUUAAAUUCUAAAAGUUAUAAUACCAACAUUAAAUAUUUUUCUUGGUCCUUAAUAACAUUAAUAAAAUCAGCACACUUAAAAUCUUAAAAUGUUUUCAACUUACUUAUUUAUAAAAUGACAUGCAACCAUUUCUAUCUGCUUCAUCUAUAAAUUAAUAGCUGAUGUUCACACUGUUUUUAUGUUGGUUAGAAUAUACUUAGACCUUUUAGUACAUUUCAAGUUGAUAGGGGCAAGUUGAAUAAAUUUCUUGUAAAUAACCCAGUAAGUGGCAGAAGACUUAUUAAACAUUGGUUGCCCUUUAAUUAUUUUCUUUGGUAUGUAUCAUUGAAAAUUAGCUACUCAUAUGCUAGUAGAAUAUUCUAAUGCAUAAAAUAGUUUGCAAUUAGAUGCUUCCAUUCUUGGGAGAGAAAAGCCUCACAUACUUGGGAUUAAGAGGCACAGGUAGGUGUUUGGCGGUGUCAUACCCUUGUGCCUCCUGGGGAGGCCAAGUGGAGACUGCUGCUGCUGGGCCUCUCUUGAGAACGCUAUAUCAUUAGCACAUGAAAUGGACCAAAUACAUGGCAGUACAAUUCAAAAAUAUUCUAAGUGUGGAUGAUUUCUGACUUAGAAGAAUUUGGGUUUUUGUAGUUAAGUAAAUGUAAAGAAUAUUUGGGAAUUAUGUUUCCCAUCAAUUAGUUCAUUAAUUGAAAGUUUUAUUAGAAUGCUUAUUAAAAAGCACAUGCUUUUGUUCUAGAGAGUACUUGCUGAUCUUCCAGAGGGCCUGGGUUCAAUUCCCAGCACCCAUGUGGUGGCUCACAACUAUCUGUAUCUCCAAUCCCAGGAGAUCCAGCACCCUCUUCUGGUGUUCUCAGACAGCAAGCACACAGUGGUGCACAGGCCUAGAUGCAGACAAAGUUAUACAUAUACAUAUAAAGUUAAAAAAAUGUUUUAGAUUCACACAAUUUGUAGUAUUUUUUAAAAAGCUCCCAAAUUAAGAAGAAAUGGGUGCAAAAUGUCUUAUUUUACUGCUGUUUAGUAUUAUAGACAUCUAUGCUCUAGGGAUUGUUUCUCAUCUCAUUACAAAAAAGCUGGUCCAAGUUUUCUUAUCCUUGGUCAGUUUUAAACUAAAAAAAUAAAAUAGCUACAUAUUUUGUAAAGGGCUAAAAGUAUGAUUUAAACUACAGAUUGAUAUUUUAAUUCCAAAUGAAAGAUAAUGUACAUAAGCAUGGAUCUGAUUUAAAUAAAGAUUUCAAAGUCUGCUUA